AGAAAGUUUGGGGUUGUAUUUUGUCGGGCCGGGUUGUGGCGGGGAAAGAUGGGGAGUGUGUUAUUUCUGGAGAGGGAUGUCUGGGGAGUCCCUGGCGAGGGGGUGCGCAAGGCGAGGAGGGUGACGGGCAGCAGCAAAGUAAAAACGGAGGGACAGGUCACUGAGAGCCUGGAGGAGGCGUUCCUAGAGAUAGUCGAGUGGAACUGGGACCCUGACGACCAGCUGCCAGGCCUUGUAUCGGAAGUGGUUUACCGCCACUGGCAAGACCUCUUCGACUUCCUGGAACCGCAACUCCAGGCCACUCACGAAGGAACGGCAACAUGCUACCGGAAACUCAUACGCAUGUUAGAGCUCAACGAUGAGAAGAUCGACGACAUGAAUUGGCAUAAGCUCAUCGGUCGGCUCAUAGUACGCCUCGGGUGGCUCGAGUCAAGGCAAGCCAGCCCCCCUGAUUCCCCCCCAACCAACUUUCGGACAACACCUCGUGCUCAAGUCGUCUCAAAACGUGAAACGGCCACUAGAGAGAACAUAAUGAGAAGUUCCUCACGCCAAGGCCAACCCCCUCAACGACGGGUCGACGAGAACCAGCGGGCCCUCGACCGUCUCAGCUACCUCGGCGGGAUCCUCAUCCCGCUACCCCUCAUCUCAGGCAUCCUCUCCAUGGGCGAUAUCUAUGGCCCCGGCGGUAGCGGGUUCUAUAUCUUUUGGGCCGUUUCAAUACCCCUGGCAGGCCUGGCCGUCCUUCUCAUCUACGCCGACACGAUCCGCAAGGCCGAGGUAUGGGUCGAGAUCAAGCCCGACCAUGUCAUGCCGAGCCCCGAAGGCAAGGGCGAGAGCAGUGGUAGCAAUGACGAGGGUGCCGGUCCUGUCGGAGCUGAGGUGCCGCACAAUAGGAUCUUUAUUAGGCACGGAAAUAGGGUCCAUGAUAGCGUCCAUGGGGGGGAAAAGCCACCGCCGCCUGGGCCACGGGAUGAUAUGUCCUUUGUUGUGGACUAUGAUGUCGAGGAAAGGAUCAUCGACAUGCCAACGGUUUCUACAUCGGCAGCGCAGUCCCAGUCUGGGGACGCGGAAGUACCAAUCCGGUUGUCUCGGCGUCGGAGGAGUAUAAGCUUGGGGCAGGUACCGGUGAUGAUUUUGGAGAGGCCGGAGCGUGGAUCGGUGCCAAAAGCGUGGAGAAGAGAGCAGCUAGGUUGGUUUGGUGCCAUCAGGUCGAUCCUAUACAAGAAGUGUAGGGAUGGGGAUGAUAUCCCUCAUGGUGUGGCGGCGUGUGAGAAGCCUGGGAGGCGGAAGACCAAGUCAUAUUGAGGCAGGUAAGGGGGUUCGUGUUAUUGUAGAGUUAGCACCGAACAAUUCGUAUUCCGGCGAGAGCCCAUUGCCAUUUCCAGCGUUGUUUAUAUUUACCCCUAUUCAUCUCUUGAUUCAGGGGUUCAUCCGUUGCUGCGUCAAGCCAGUCCUGUAAAUUACCGUAACCACUUUA